CCCUGAAAGUCAAAAAGAAUUGGAAAUAAUUGAAAAUGAAUUAUUAGACAUCAUCGCUACCAUCAAAGUAAAUAUUGAUUACCCUGAAUAUGACGGAGUGGAAUAUUUAACCGGUCGAAGGGUUUUGCCAAGGAUAACUAAAUUGGUCAAAAAAUUACAAAUUAUCCAAAAAACCGGGCAAAAAACUCGGGUCUACCAGGAAGGAUUAAAAGUGGCUAUUGUGGGCAAGCCUAAUGUAGGUAAAUCUACCCUUUUGAAUGCUCUGCUUCAAGAGGAAAAAGCUAUUGUUUCUCCGGUAGCAGGAACCACCCGAGAUAUAAUUGAGGCUCGUUAUAGCCUAAAUGGAAUUCCGUUAAUUUUACUGGAUACUGCCGGCAUUCAUGAAACCACCGAUAUCGUGGAAAAAAUUGGAGUUGAACGCAGUUGA